ACACCCUAACACAUUCCACAUCAAACAAUCCAACCAACAAAAAAAUAUUCCAAACCAAAACACAAACACAUUUUCUUGUAAGAAAAUAAUGGCUAACAUGAAGGUAGCAUGUGUUGUUUUGGCAAUGUGCAUGAUUUUUGCACCUAUUUCAGAAGCUGCAAUAUCAUGUGGAAUUGUAACUAGUGCUGUUGCUCCAUGCAUUAAUUACGUUCGAGGUGGUCCUGGUGGUCCUGGUCCAUCUGCCGCAUGUUGUGCUGGAAUCAAGAGACUCAACAGCGCUGCGACAACCACACCUGAUCGUCAGGCUGCUUGUAACUGCUUGAAAAGUGCCGCCGGUGCUAUUUCUGGUUUGAAUAACAACCUUGCUGCUGGUCUCCCCGGCAAAUGUGGUGUUAACAUUCCUUACAAGAUCAGUACCACCACCAACUGUGCUACCAUUAAAGCUUGAUGAUGACAUUGCAGCUCCAAGAUUAUGGAAACUACUCACUAGUAUAUGAGAGUGCCAUUUACUGUUAUUGAGAAUAAGAAUGAGAGUGAUGGAAGCUCAUGUUACAUGUGGCCCUAUUCUCUUAUUACCGUGUUGUUUUAUUUUAUGAAUUACAUAGUAAAAUAUUUAAAUUGGGUUUUUACUUGGUUA